CGCUCUUCCGGCCUCUACGAGCUGCGCGCGCUCACGGAGCCACGGUAUUCGCCACCUCGUGGUGAGGGUGUGCCGCUGGGCCCCGUCAUCUCCAACCCUUUGGACGAAGCUCAGUCCGAGCAGGUUGCGGCGCAGAUGGCUCCCACGCGCUCCCAGCGCCCCGAACUGCGGCCUCUGCUGAACCCCAGCGCUGCCGACUACGGCUUCCGGCCUCGCGACCCCGCGGAGGCUUGUCGCCAGGCGUUCCAGCAGUCUUUCACGCUGCACGCCAUUGGGCCCGCGGCCCGUACUCCGGAGGAGCUCGCACUGCGUACGUCUCUGCGAGAGCGGCUCCUCACUCCACAGUCUACGACUACUCGCCUGUACCGUCUCGUGCUGCGGCUGCAAGCCCAGCAGAAGUCCGUGCCCGCCAUGCGGACGUACCCGGUGGUACUUAGCCCGGGGGAAGACUCAAUUGAGUACGAAGCUCAGUUCGAGUCUUGGGCCGAGCACAGCCGAAAGCUCAGCUCCAUGGACGCACUCCGAGCCAGCUUCAGUGAAGUGGAUGUUCGCAUUGAACGCAAGCUCUGCUUCGAUUUCGCAAAGGUUCGAGCCAAGCGCAGCCUC